CGCUGCAGAGACUGCCCAAGAACCCGCUGCCACUUUCAGCCUAUUCCUCGAAGAGUACCGCUUGAUGUCUAUCCAACUUCCUGAUGGUGAAACCGGCCCGCCCGCAGUAGCAACGGGCCCGCCCACGAUAGAAACGGACCAGCGCCACAACCAGCACCCAAACAAUGCACCAUAUGUUGCAAGUUCUUGCCUCUGGAAAAGAAUUACAAGCACGGCACUCAGAUCCUCAACCCUUGCUUGACUUGUUGGAGCACAUGGUGUGUGUCAUGCGUAAGGCAGAUGUUCAUCGAUGCCUGUGUAGAUAUGUCGCGCAUGCCUGCACGGUGUUGCCGUCCAAUCCAGCUGCACUUUGCAAAGCUUGUCUUGACAAAAGAAGAGAUGGACAGGUAUAGAGCCAAGUACGAGGAAUGGCUCACCCCAAAUCCGCUCUACUGCCCCGUGCCUACAUGCUCGGCGUUCAUACCGCAACGACUUCUUCCGGAGCACACAAUGACAAGUACAGAGCGCUUCGAUUCUGGCGUUGCAACCCCAACUUCAAAUACACUACCAUGUCCGACUUGCGAGACCGACAUCUGCCGGGACUGCCGCCAAGUUGCUCAUCCUAAUAGCGCGUGCACUGUCACCGAAUUCGGUAUCGACAAAGAGACGACCGAGCUUCUGAAGAGCUGGGGCUACAAGCAGUGCCCCAAAUGCAAAAAUGGGAUAAAGCGCAUGUAUGGAUGCAACCAUAUCGAAUGCCGCUGUGGCGCUCGCUUCUGCUACGUCUGCUUUGGCGAUCCAGAUGACUGUGCAGGCAACUGUGUUGACGAGGAAGACCAUGACGGCGAAAGUGACGACGGCUCUGUUCCAGAUGAUACGAACACAACCUCUGUUCCUUCUGGAGAGACAUCUAAUGCCCAAGACGAAGAGCAGAACAACGAGACACACGGUGUGCAUGCUGCAACAUCUGUGCGGCCCCGCAACCUCGAUGGUGGAAGGUGGUCGUACUGGGAAGCUCAGAACCUAGACUUUGGUGAGGAACCGAAUGAUGAGCGCAUAGACAUUUCCUGGACCUGCUCGCACCAUUUCGAGUCGUGCAAGACUACUUUUGCAGACGCCCUAGUAGGAGAUCCUUCAGCCGCAGCGAGGGACUGCGUGAAGUGCUGGCGUGAAGUUUACCCAGAGAUUGCCCUGCCUCACGGUAUCCCGGAAACGGAAGACAAGACCAUUUUCACAGGGCCAAGAGCGGCCUCUACACACACCGCAUGCUCUCCCCUCUCGCAAAGCGUACCCGAACGUGGGCCCUGGUCAAUGCAAGACAACACGCCGUCCGCUUCUGGACGCGUACUAGACAUCUACCGUACCGUUGUUUCCGGAGCAGCGUCCAAGAAGCAGCGCCGGGCCUCCAUGGACGAUAUUUUCACACUGGAAAUGGAAGACCAGACUAGUUCAAAGCUAGAGAUGGACUUUGCACACGAAUGUAUAUGGUGCAGCAUGUUUUUCUGCACUUCCUGCAGAGACGUUUGCGCUGCUCGCAGAGAUGCGGAGCGAAGAGGCGAAGAGGAGAGAGAGUAAUGAUAAUGGAGACGAGGAGGAAUAGAUGGAGGAUGAAAGUGUGAGUGGUGAUGCAAUUAGGUUUGAGAUUGGGGGGGGGGGUGCAAAAACCCCCUGUUGUCCCUGGUCCCUCUCUGGAUUUACUCAGCAGUAUUGCAUUUUGCAUAGCAACGAGUUUUUGUUGUUUUCGAGUGUUUUGUUCUGGCAAAACAGAUAGAGUACGGUAUAUAGGCAUUAUGUACAUAGUAAACACCCCUCAACCCGGUGAUGAAAGGAUGUAUUUUGACAAACUACAAUGGAAA